GUGCUAGAAUACUGCAACUGUCACUGGAUAUAGAUCGUUGUUUUCUGUCUCUCUUUAUUAUAAAAACCAGCUUAUGAGAAAAAUAAUUGCAGUUUAAGAAUUCUAUUGUGAUUGUAGCUGUACUCAGUUGACGGGAAAGCUUUUUAAUAAUGGAAGGAUCUAAGACAGUCUCAAUAAGCUUCGAACAUGUUGAUCCAACUGGUGAAGUAAAAGAUAAGAAGAAUCCUAUAAUUUUCCUGCAUGCAAUGCUUUGCUCAAAGAAAAUAUGGGGUGAUGUUCCUCAAACUGUGGCAAAUAACACAGGAAGACGAGUUUAUACUUAUGAUGCCAGGAAUCAUGGUGAGACAACACAUGCCGACGAGUCUGAUUUCAGUUUCAGCUUUAAUGUUGACGACCUCUUUCUAUUGAUGGAUCAAAUUAAAACUGAAAUGCCAGAACAUCCGGAACAGUUUAUUUUAGUAGGUCAUGAUAUGGGUGGAAUAACUGCCAUUAGAGCUGCUCUAAAAGAGCCUGCUAAAUUUGAGAUGGUAUUUAUUGUCGAAAUGUAUGCGAAGCCAGUAUCUAAUGAACUGAUUAAACGUACAAAAGAGUUCAUGACUACGUGGACAAAUUGCGUCAAAGAACUUCCUGAAGGUACCCCAAAAGAGGAUGUCACAAAAUUGAGUGUGGAAAGUCUAUAUGGAAAACUGGAACAGUGGAUGAAAGAGGAUAACGAGAAGGCUUCUUACCUGAAAGGAAAGUUUGAAUACAAGGGAUCUGGAAAAGCCUGGGAUGCAUGCUACAAUACAAAUGCUCUUGUUAAAGCUCUGGAAGACCUUGAGAAACACCAAGAGGACUACCAGGGAGUUUAUGAUGGACCCACUUAUUUUCUUUAUGGCACCAAAUCUCACUAUGGAGUGAAUGAUGCUAAGGACUCCAUGAAGAAACACUUUCCAAAAGCCGAAUUGGUACCAUUUGUGGAAGGAUCACACAUUUUUGUUACUGACAAGCCUGCUGAACUGGCUAAGGUGAUUGGAGAGAAAAUAAACUCUGUCUAAAAGUUAAAAAUUUAAGUAGUCCUAUAUAACUGUGUGGUUUUAAGUUUGUUCACUAAGCAGAGCUGCAAUGUAUUAUAUAAAUUGAUUAAAGUAUAUUCAUUCAAAA